AUGAAUAGCAACGACUCGUCAUUCAACGGAGAAACCACAUCAUCUGGUAUAUUGUGGGCGGAAGUGUUGUGCCGUAUUCCAUUCGUCAAGAACCCAUCAGUGAAAUCCGAAAAUAUUGUUCGAAUAAACUCAAAAAAUGAAGUAGAAGAAGAGGAUGCGUUACAAAUAGAACAGUAUAUACAGAAACAAGAAGUCAUUCUUUCUCAUUCGCAAUCAUUGCAUAGUCAAGAGCAUUGUCGGGGAAUCGUUGAAGAUGUGGAGUAUCAGGAGAAGAAUAUAAAGGUAACAGUCUCUUCGGACUCAGCUUUCCCGAUAUGGGAAGACACUGACAUCUGGAUGUAUUCAUUGUCUACUCCUGCCAACUCACUCUAUACCACUGAACCAAACACCUCCGCUGAUUCCGAGCCAACACUAGAAGAAUUGAAAAACGAAACGACGGACGAUAUGGAUCAAGCAGGGCUAUUUCAAUCAAUAAAUGGCUGGAAGUUGAUCAACAUGGAUCGUUCACGAACACGAAGAAAAGAAGGUGGAAAGUGGAGGAAUGUGUACAAAACAGAGUUGGUGAUGACGUGUGUUGAUCCGAGUAAACAGGAAUUGUUAGAACAUAUAAAAGAGCGAACAUCGUUGAGAUUAAGUGAUGAUAUUGAUACAAUGGGUGAUGUGUUAGUGGAUGUGCUAAGCAAAUCAGUUGAUGAAAAAAAGCUGAGAACGGUAACGCUUGGUGUAACUGGAUUCGUUCGCGAUGACGUGAAUAUUUCUCUAACCAAAGAUACGACUUUUUAUCUAAAUAUUUAUGAUUUGGACGACGAUGACCUCGCCAGUCUCGCCAGUGAGAAUUAUGUUCUUCCUGGUUAUCCACUUGAACAAAACCUUGAUGAACUUUGCGAAAAGGUCGGUGACCUUACCAUAUUGGACGUCUGCGUAAAAACGUGGAAUUCUGAGGAGCAGAAUUAUUGCUACAUUCGUCUAGAGGUUACAUCAGCCAAAAAGUUGACUCACUUCAAACUCCUCUUGGGACACCAUGUUACAAUACAAUCAACGCAUAACGAGAGAUCCUCGGUGUUAGCUGUUGUUAGUAGAGUUAUGACAAAAGGAAUGAUUCUGACACUAAAAGGAAUACCCAAACACAAUCCGGAGUUCUAUUUCAGUAAAACGGAUUGUCUCAGAAUCCAGAUUGCUGAUGAUUAUGAAGAACGUCUUCGAAAUCUAACAGGAUCAAAAGCACUAAGCGAGAAGUUCCGUGUUGAGUUGGCAAAUGCUAAGUCUGAUAUACGGUUUCGGCGUUUUUGGAAUGAUCCGAAAGGAAAAUUCGCCGAGUUUUCAAUUAAGAGCGAAGUUUUCCAAAACAUUCCAUAUGACACCAAGGUUAUUCUUGGAAAAUGUUGGGAACUUGAAGGUCAACUUGAACAGAAAGCAAACUUCGUUUUCGCUACUCGAGUCAUGCCCUCUUCCUCUUCAGACUGCUCUUCUUCUACUAUUAAUUUUCAAAUUAAAAAUUUCGACGCUCUCGUGACCGGAGCUGGUGCCUUUCAAGUCUCAAAGGCAUUCUACUAUGUCGAGUUGGAUAGCAUUGAAGAAGUUUCUGAUGAUCCAGACUACAGACUUCUGAAUGCUCGCAGCGUAAAUCUUCCAAGAGGGGAAACAGUGGCGAAAGGUUGUCCGAUUGGCGAGGAUUUGAAGUUUUUAGUGUUUCCAAAUACCUUUUUGGCACGGAAUGAGAAGAAACGACAACAACUCGGCAAAAAUCAGCCUCGGAACCCGGGAUUCGUGAAAAAGUGGGGUUACCAGAAGCAAGGUGAACAAUAUGAAUUGACGAAUGACUUGAUACGAAAGAAAACUCUUGUUGCUCCUGAGCAUAAAACCGUCGAGAAAGAAGAAAAAGCAUUGGAAACGCUGUCUCCAGUAGUUACUCAAACACCAGAAGCCUUCCAACACCUCACGGUGAAUUCUUUCCCACGACGUUUUCAAGACAUGAGCGCGAGCUGGAAAAAUCUUCAAGAAAUCUCCAAAAAACACAAACAGUUGUGCUUUGCAUAUGUAACGAAUGACAAAGGAUACGAUAACCGAGAGCGAUUUGUGAAACUUGAAACAGGCUUCGACGAGCAGGGAAAUAAGGUUAAAAUUGAACCUCGCGAACUCGGUCUCGGUAAACCAAUUUUUGUGACUGAUGGUAUCAACGAAAAAGAAAUCAAGAUUCAAGGAGAAGUUGUUGAUACUAAGGAUGGAAUUCUUGUCAUCAAGGUCGAGAGGAAACACUCCGAUAUGGAUUUUCACAGUCAACUCAAACGGGAAGGAAAUCGACUUCUUCCGUGUUUCACAGAAUGA